ACAGGCCCGCGCGCGGCGGAGCCCAGCCCCGGAGCCCGCCCGGGGCUCAUCGUUACCGCUACAAGGCCGCCCUGCCUCGGCCACCGCGUUGUCAUGGCUGGGGGUCGUGGGGCCCCCGGGCGCGGUCGGGACGAGCCGCCAGAGAGCUAUCCGCAGCGACAGGACCACGAGCUGCAGGCCCUGGAGGCCAUCUACGGCGCCGACUUCCAGGACCUACGGCCGGACGCGUGCGGAUCGGUCAAAGAGCCCCCUGAAAUCAAUUUAGUUCUGUACCCUCAGGGCCUGACUGGUGAGGAAGUGUACGUGAAGGUGGAUUUGAGGGUUAAAUGCCCACCAACCUACCCAGAUGUAGUCCCUGAAAUAGAGUUAAAGAAUGCCAAAGGUCUGUCAAAUGAAAGUGUUAAUUUGUUAAAAUCCCGCCUAGAAGAAGUGGCCAAAAAACACUGUGGGGAGGUGAUGAUAUUUGAACUGGCUUACCAUGUGCAGUCAUUUCUCAAUGAGCAUAACAAGCCCCCUCCCAAGUCUUUUCAUGAAGAAAUGCUGGAAAGACGGGCUCAGGAGGAGCAGCAGAGGCUAUUAGAGGCCGAGCGGAAAAAGGAGCAGGAGCAACGUGAAAUCCUUCAUGAGAUUCAGAGAAGGGAAGAAGAGAUCCAAAAAAGGAAAGAAAUGGCUAAGCAGGAACGUUUGGAAAUUGCUAGUUUGUCAAACCAAGAUCAUACCUCUAGGAAAGACCCAGGAGGACUCAGAACAGCUGCCAUUCUACAUGGAGGCUCUCCUGACUUUGUGGGAAAUGGCAAACAUCGGACCAACUCCUCUGGAAGGUCUAAGCGAGAACGUCAAUAUUCUAUAUGUGGUAGUGAAGAUUCUCCUGGCUCUUGUGAAAUCCUGUAUUUCUCUAUGGGUAGUCCUGAUCAGCUCAUGGUGCACAAAGGGAAAUGUAUUGGCAGUGAAGAGCAGCUUGGAAAACUAGUUUACAAUGCUUUGGAAACAACCACUGGCAGCUUUGUCUUGUUGUAUGAGUGGGUCCUUCAGUGGCAGAAAAAAAUGGGUCCAUUCCUUACCAGUCAAGAAAAAGAGAAGAUUGAUAAGUGCAAAAAGCAGAUUCAAGGGGCAGAAACGGAAUUCAACUCACUGGUAAAAUUGAGCCAUCCAAAUGUAGUACGCUACCUUGCAAUGAAUCUCAAAGAGCAAGACGACUCCAUUGUGGUGGACAUUUUAGUGGAGCACAUUAAUGGGGUCUCCCUCGCUGCACACCUGAGCCACUCAGGCCCCAUUCCCGUACAUCAGCUUCGCAGGUACACAGCUCAGCUCUUGUCGGGCCUCGAUUAUUUGCACAGCAAUUCUGUGGUGCACAAGGUUCUGAGUGCAUCGAAUGUCUUGGUGGACGCAGAGGGCACUGUCAAGAUUACGGACUACAGCAUCUCUAAGCGCCUAGCAGACAUUUGCAAGGAGGAUGUGUUCGAGCAAACCCGGGUUCGUUUUAGUGACAGUGCCCUACCUUAUAAAACGGGGAAGAAAGGGGAUGUUUGGCGUCUUGGCCUUCUGCUGCUCUCCCUCAGCCAAGGACAAGAAUGUGGAGAGUACCCUGUGACCAUCCCUAAUGACUUACCAGCAGACUUUCAAGAUUUUCUGAAGAAGUGUGUUUGCUUGGAUGACAAGGAAAGAUGGAGUCCUCAGCAGUUGUUGAAACACAGCUUUAUAAAUCCUCAGCCAAAAAUGCCUUUACUGGAACAAAGUCCUGAAGAUUCUGGAGGCCAAGAUUAUGUUGAGACUGUAAUUCCCAGCACCCAGCCACCCAGUGCUGCAUUCUUCAGUGAGACACAGAGACAGUUUUCCCGCUAUUUCAUUGAAUUUGAAGAAUUACAGCUUCUUGGCAAAGGAGCUUUUGGGGCCGUCAUCAAGGUGCAGAACAAGCUGGACGGCUGCUGCUACGCGGUGAAGCGCAUCGUCAUCAACCCCGCCAGCAAGCACUUCCGCAGGAUCAAGGGCGAGGUGACGCUGCUGUCGCGCCUGCACCACGAGAACAUCGUGCGCUACUACAACGCCUGGAUCGAGAGGCAGGAGCGGCCGGCGGGGCCGGGCACGCCGCCCCCGGACGCGGGGCCGCAGGCCCGGGACGGACGAGCCUUGCCCCAAAUGAUAUCAGUGGAUGAAGACUGCAAUGGAAAGAACAGUUGCCAUGAAAGUGAGCCACUGGCAACAACUGAGGCUGUGCACUACCUGUAUAUCCAGAUGGAGUACUGUGAAAAGAGCACUUUACGUGACACCAUUGACCAGGGACUAUAUCGAGACACCAUCAGACUCUGGAGGCUUUUUCGAGAGAUUCUGGAUGGAUUAGCUUAUAUCCACGAGAAAGGAAUGAUUCACCGGGAUUUGAAGCCUGUCAACAUUUUUUUGGAUUCCGAUGACCAUGUAAAAAUAGGUGAUUUUGGUUUGGCGACAGACCAUCUAGCCUUUGCUGCUGAUGGCAAACAAGAUGAGACAUCAGAUCACUUGAUGAAGUCAGACCCUUCAGGCCAUUUGACUGGGAUGGUUGGCACUGCUUUAUAUGUAAGCCCAGAGGUCCAAGGAAGCACCAAAUCUGCAUACAACCAGAAAGUGGAUCUCUUCAGCCUGGGAAUUAUCUUCUUUGAGAUGUCCUAUCACCCCAUGGUCACAGCCUCAGAAAGGAUCUUCGUUCUCAACCAGCUCAGGGAUCCCACUUCGCCUAAGUUUCCAGAAGACUUCGAUGAUGGAGAGCACACAAAGCAGAAAUCGGUCAUCUCCUGGCUGUUGAACCACGAUCCAGCAAAGCGGCCCACAGCCACAGAGCUGCUCAAGAGUGAGCUGCUGCCCCCACCCCAGAUGGAGGAAUCGGAGCUGCAUGAAGUGCUGCACCACACCCUGGCCAACGUGGAUGGGAAGGCCUAUCGCACCAUGAUGGCCCAGAUCUUCUCCCAGCGCAUCUCCCCUGCCAUCGAUUAUACCUACGACAGCGACAUCCUCAAGGGCAACUUCUCAAUCCGUACAGCCAAGAUACAGCAACACGUAUGUGAAACCAUCAUCCGCAUCUUUAAAAGACAUGGAGCUGUCCAACUGUGCACUCCACUACUGCUUCCCCGAAAUAGGCAAAUAUACGAGCACAACGAAGCCGCCUUGUUCAUGGACCACAGCGGGAUGCUGGUGAUGCUUCCUUUCGACCUGCGGGUUCCUUUUGCAAGAUACGUGGCAAGAAAUAAUAUACUGAAUUUAAAACGAUACUGCAUAGAACGUGUGUUCAGACCUCGCAAGUUAGACCGAUAUCAUCCCAAAGAACUUCUGGAAUGUGCAUUUGAUAUUGUCACCUCUACCACCAACAGCUCCCUGCCCACUGCUGAAAUCAUCUACACUAUCUAUGAAAUCAUCCAAGAGUUUCCAGCACUUCAGGAAAGAAAUUAUAAUAUUUACUUGAACCAUACCAUGUUAUUGAAAGCAAUACUCUUACACUGUGGGAUCCCAGAAGAUAAACUCAGUCAAGUCUACGUUAUUUUGUAUGAUGCCGUGACAGAAAAGCUGACGAGGAGAGAAGUGGAAGCUAAAUUUUGUAAUCUGUCUUUGUCUUCUAAUAGCCUGUGUCGACUCUACAAAUUUAUUGAGCAGAAGGGAGAUUUGCAAGAUCUGACACCAACAAUAAAUUCAUUAAUAAAACAGAAAACAGGUGUUGCCCCAUUGGUGAAGUAUGGCUUAAAAGAUCUAGAAGACGUUGUUGGACUGUUGAAGAAACUUGGCAUAAAGUUACAGGUCUUGAUCAAUUUGGGCUUGGUUUACAAGGUACAGCAGCACAACGGAAUCAUCUUCCAGUUUGUGGCGUUCAUCAGACGGAGGCAAAGGGCUAUAUCUGAAAUCCUGGCAGCUGGUGGCAGAUAUGACCUGCUGAUUCCCCAGUUUAGAGGACCACAGGCUCUGGGGCCAGUUCCCACUGCCAUUGGGGUCAGCAUAGCUAUAGACAAGAUAUCUGCCGCCGUCUUCAACAUGGAAGAACCUGUUACAAUAAGCUCUUGUGACCUCCUGGUCGUAAGCGUUGGCCAGAUGUCCAUGUCCAGGGCCAUCAACCUAACCCAGAAACUCUGGACAGCGGGGAUCACAGCAGAAAUCAUGUAUGACUGGUCACAGUCCCAAGAGGAAUUACAGGAGUACUGCAGACAUCAUGAAAUCACCUAUGUGGCCCUGGUCUCAGAUAAAGAAGGAAGCCACGUCAAGGUUAAGUCUUUUGAGAAGGAAAGGCAAACAGAGAAACGCGUACUGGAAUCCGAUCUUGUGGACCACGUGGUGCAGAAACUGAGGACUAAAGUCAGUGACGAAAGGACCAUCAGAGAAGCUUCCGAUAAUCUUGCAGUGCAAAAUCUGAAGGGGUCAUUUUCUAAUGCUUCAGGUUUGUUUGAAAUCCAUGGAGCAACAGUUGUUCCCAUUGUGAGUGUGAUAGCCCCAGAGAAGCUGUCGGCCAGCACUAGGAGGCGGUAUGAAACUCAGGUACAGACCCGGCUUCAGACGUCCCUUGCCAACUUACAUCAGAAGAGCAGUGAAAUUGAGAUUUUGGCUGUGGAUCUACCCAAAGAAACAAUCUUACAGUUUUUAUCAUUAGAGUGGGAUGCUGAUGAACAGGCAUUUAACACAACUGUGAAGCAGCUGCUGUCACGCCUGCCAAAGCAGAGAUACCUCAAAUUAGUGUGUGAUGAAAUUUAUAACAUCAAAGUAGAAAAAAAGGUGUCUGUGCUAUUCCUGUAUAGCUACAGAGAUGACUACUACAGAAUCUUAUUUUAAUCCUAAAGAACAGUCAUUACAGUGUUCAAGCAGACAGGAGCUUAUACUAUAAAAGGUUGUACAUUCAUUGUAAUUUUAAAUUAACUUUACAUUCUGAGAAGCUGUCCUACAAAGUUGAGCUUUGUAAGUUUUUCAUGUGUAAUAUAUUAUAAAUUUA